UAUUAGUUUUGUUUUGGUUUAGCCUGUCGCCUGCCUUAUCUCAUCUCAGUCAGGUCUUAUCAAUUUAGGCUAGGGCUAGAAUCGUCAUUCUUCAUUAUUGAAAAACAAAAUAAUGUCCUUGGAAGUAUACUAAAGUCAAAACAAUUGAACACAAAUUCUUGCAUCUAGUCUUAGUCCUAGCCCUAGCACUCGAACUUAACCUCAAGGGAGCAGAAUGGCCGGAGCAGUUCUGGUGACUGGCGGCGCAGGGUAUGUUGGGUCUCACACGGUGUUGGAGUUGCUCAAAAUAGACUAUGAGGUGGUGGUGGUUGACAAUCUUGUAAACUCUUAUAAAGCCCUGAGCUCAGAACUCCCAGAAUGCCUCAGGAGGGUAGAGAAACUGGCAGGGAGAAAAGUCACAUUCUACAACUUGGACCUCAGCGAUAGAGGAGCUUUAUCAAAAGUCUUCAAAAAGCACAGUGUAUUCUGCGUGAUUCACUUUGCUGCCCUGAAGGCAGUGGGAGAGUCGUGCCAGAAGCCUUUGCUGUAUUACAGCAACAACAUUACCGGCUCAAUCACAUUACUUGAGGUUAUGAUAGAGAACGGAGUAAAAAACUUUGUCUAUUCGUCUUCCUCUACUGUCUACGGCAACCCACAGUUUCUGCCUCUAACGGAGGAUCAUCCAACGGGUCAGGGUUGUACAAACCCUUAUGGAAAGUCAAAGUAUUUUGUGGAGGAAAUCCUGAAAGAUGUCUGUUUGGCUGACAAUGGCUUCAGAGUUAUCAGUCUACGAUAUUUCAACCCAGUGGGAGCACAUCCGAGUGGAGAUAUCGGCGAGGACCCAGCAGGACAACCCAACAACCUGAUGCCGUACAUCGCGCAAGUAGCCGUCGGGCGGCGGGCUGAGCUGCUGGUCUACGGGAAUGACUACAACACUCGCGACGGCACUGGUGUGAGAGACUACAUCCACAUCAUGGACCUAGUGUCCGGCCAUAUUUGUGCCAUAGAAAAGCUCCGAGACACAACGAUGAAGGGGUUCAAAACCUACAACCUCGGCACCGGCUCCGGCCACUCUGUGUUGGAGGUGAUUGAAGCGUUCAAGACAGCGAGUGGCAGAGAUGUCAAGUACAAGGUGGUCGGUCGACGUGAAGGUGACAUUGCUGAGUCAUAUUGUGACGCAAGUCUGGCCUCCAAGGAACUUAACUGGAAAGCGGAAAAGUCUUUGAAAGAGAUGUGUGAAGAUAUGUGGAGAUGGCAGGCGAAAAAUCCCAACGGUUUCCAAGGUGCCUCUUAACAAAUGGGUUGCUGUAGUGCCUAAGUAUUUUUCAUGUUAAAGCUCAAAGAGUGUUUUAGAGACCAAAGAAAUACGAAAUACUUAAUAUUGUCGUUGAAUACAAAUCUGUUAUAGCUUUUUAGUCCGUAACAUACAAGUAGAAUCCUGCUAAUACUAAAGCAGAACAAUUUUUGAAAACAAAUUUUACUAGACCUGUAAGCACAUAAAGUACAGAAAAUCCGCUAAUAUUCUCAAAAUACCCAUCAUAUCGAAUUGAUUUUACCUUUCAUAGUUAUUGCCACACUACAUUGCACUGAAUUAGAAUAUUUUUAAUUUCUUACCUUUAAUUGUAUUUAAUUCUAGACAUAGAGGCCUCAAAGGCGCUUAAUAAGUUAAUUAAUAUACAGGACCAAAUUCCACCUUCCAACCUAAUUUGUAUUAGCAGGAUUCUACUGUAAUUUGUUUUCUGUUAUUUGCAAAGCAAAAAAAAAAACUAUUGCUUUCCUAUUUCAUAUGAUAUCUAGUCUUGAGGUUACUAUAUUGUGAAUAACUAAUUGUUAUGAUCUAUACAAAUUCACGUUGAACAAACUGUACUUUGAUAUCACUGUUGACUGAAAUCAUCCACCGUAUUUUAUAAUCGUGUGUCGAACGAUUGCACAAUGUAUCCAGAUGAUUUGAUUAGACGAUACAAAUAAUGAAAGUCGUACAGCUUCUUUUGAUGUUGUUAUUUUCAGCUUAUUUAUAUUAUUGCUUUUAAAGAAUCCUUAUUUUAUCCAUCUCGUGUAUUUGUAAUGUCUUCUAUUUUUAUAUCCUACGUAACAUUCCUUUACAUGUAACUGUUAGCGAACUACUUAGUAAUUAUGAUACCGGUGCCAUAAAUGUGUGUUUAUUUUAUAUCUAAUAUUUUAAACUAAAGUACCAAAGUUUGCCUUGCUAGAGAAAAAUACCAAAGCAUUUGAACAGAAAUCUGUUGCAUUUACCUUUUGUUACCUUGAGCCUGUUGUGUGCGGAGUAGGCAGGAUUUUGACUAGAAAAAAAACAGAGCCAAAACCUAAUUAUUUUGACAAAAAUGUAUAGCCUGGCUACAUAUAAUAAAAAUAAAAAUUAUAGUAAGUAAUAAAACUGCAACAGAAAAUACAUUGAAAGAAUGUAUGUCAACAUAUUUGUACGACCUAUAUUUUAGGACUGAAAUCCAAUCAAAGGCUCAAAAAAGCUUUUGGGAUACUAAAAAUCCAACCCCUAGCCAAAGAAAGACUCUAGGGGUUAAAGGUGCACCUAUGUUUUCAGUUCUGUCUAAUUUUCAUUACAGGGUAAUGUAGAAAUUCUAGUCCAAGUGUUAUCAUUGAUUUCUGUAUUUAGGUGUACACAAACUGUGCUUUUGCUUUUGUUAAUACAUACAUCAUUAUCAUAUUAAAAAGAAUCACCUUAUUUAUCUUGUUUGUCGUAGAUGUUUCGGUUUCUAUUAAAAUAAUAGAUUAUGCCAUUUUCAUGGAUGUAAAAGUUUUUAAAAAUUUGACAUUCCAACAGUUUAGUAUCAAAUUUAAAGUAAGAUUUGUUGGGAAAAUAUUAAAUUUACUUACUUGAUGUAAUAAAUGCCGUGGUGGUUUGUUCUUGUUUUUUUGAACUGAUGUCAAAAAUGUUCAUUAGAUUUUUGUUUUGAGUUUAGUUCAUAAUAACGUGGUACAAACUAUAUUGUAGUAUUGUUUUAGCUUGGGCAAGGUUUAUUUGUGCAUGCUUGUUUGUUGGGAUAUUGAAAAUAAAAUGUUAUUGUUAUUCA